CGCUUCGCAAAAAUUCUUCCCAUACGAACCAGCGGCGGAAAAAUCCGUCCAUCCUUCGCGCACACACACACACACACAUACACACACACCCGCACACACACAUCGAACACACCAGCAUUGUACACCUCUCUAGACAACGUUCCAUCUUCCCCCGUUCGCCUAGCGCGCCGCCGACGCCCACGGCUACCACUAUCCUCUUAAGACGCUCUCCUCCCCCUGAUUGAUGCUAGAUGUCGCAUAUAGCUGCGUGUGAGACGUAACUGAGGAGAGCUUGUUCCUCUUACGAGACAGAUACGUCGUCUCCCGUCGUCCCAGCUGUCCCCCCCGGGUCUAAGCGCCCGUUCCAGUUCUGGAACCUGCAGCGAGUCCGUCUCGGUAUUGACCUACCUACAGGCUGCAUUGACUGGAUCUGCCUUUCUCCCCCUUCCCUGCGUCCCGUCCUCUCCGCAGACACUUUUGCGUACCUUGCCUGUCUGAACGCCCGCGCUCGUCCUCCUACACAUCACACACACCCACCCGUUCGCCCGCUCGUCCGCAUCCCUCUGGAGCUGUGCGUGGCGGUACACUACUCCUGCCGGCUGCAGCAAACAGAAACACGCAGGUAAAACCCGUACCGGACUUUUAGCCAGAACAUUGUCAGCCCCCCGCUGCCUCGAUCGACGCCCUGCGUACGCCCGCCAUGGAUUACGCCUCCGGACAGCCUCCCCCUAUUUCUCGUCAAUCCCAUCAACAAUCCCGAAGGAAGCCCAUCGAUCCCUCUAUGCACCUGCAUCUGCGCGAUGGUGACAAAGAUCGGGUCGCCACUCCCCCAGCCUCUCCCGAAGUCAUCUCAUCUCUAAUCACCAGUCUCUCCGUCAUUUCGAAGCCGGCGAGCAGACAUUUCGAUAAUCCCACGUUGGGCCUGCCGCGUUCGCCGGGAGAGGGCAGUUUCGGUGUCGACUACGGAGCCUUUUCCCAUUCCCACAAAUUGGGCCGACUCCAAGAGGAGGAAAUCGACAUCAACGAACUGGCCGCGAGUUCCCCCACGAUUCGAACAGCCAAACCGCCGUCCGGCUUCUCUCCGCUCACUGCCCCGAAAUCCCCCCGUCGCGAGUCCUCUGGUGGCUUGAAGUCCCUACUGCGCACCUCCUCUCGGCCGUCCUCGAAGGGCUCCGUGUCCUCGCACGAUGAUACACGCAGCAUCGGAAAUCUCUCGAUUGAACGCGGCGUGCCACCCACUCCCGAGUUGCGCAGACAGCAAUCGCACGACAGCUGGGGGAAGAAGCAGUCCCGCAGUCAGAAGGGCUUGAUGUACAUGAGCUCGAAGGAACGCUUGCGCGCCAGUGAAUCGGAGAAGAAGCGGCUCAGCUCCGGCACCACUGGUAGCAAAACAAACAGUCUGAGCGGUUUGUCGCCUAGGCCUGAUAGCAUCCUGGCCGAGACUCCCAUCCGCGAGGAGCCAGGCGAUUCACCAGUCAAGGAAAGCAUGCCCGAAUUAAGUCCGCCCAUCGACGGCAGCAACUUCCAGCGGCCGAUUCCGGCUCGCGACUCCUCCUUGCGUAAGGCGGGGCCGAAUCCGAAUCCGAAGAGGUCGUCGCAAAGGUCUUCGCGCUCGAGGCGAGAAGGCGACGGCUGGGUUUCCGAUGCGAUCCCAGAAGACCCCGAGCACAGUCGGUCCCGCGACGCUUCUCGGCCAAGCCGACGGCAUCUGAGUCGUGCUCACUCGGAGACGGAGACGAGGAAGAGGAAAGACGACGUCGCACCCGACAUGCCACCCUCUACGAGAGCGAGCGUCCCUCUUCCGCGGAAGAACCAGGAUAAUAGCAGUAUCACGCACCAUCGGUCGAGGUCGUAUUCGAACGACGGAACUGGUUUCGAGGACGGCGCGCCCUUUCCCGCCGUAGGGCAGAGCAGAAGACGCAGCGCGCACAGCUCCGACCGUAGGAAGUCGGGCCGCACGACCCCGGACGCGGGCGACGGGAUCCGGCCGAAACGAAGCAGCUCGCGCCUCAAGCGUCUCUCAGCGGGACCGAAGAGUCCAGAGCCAUUCGAGAAACCAAAGGGAUCCACCACUCCCGAGCCCGUGGUCGGCUACGAACGGCCGAGAAGUGCCGAUUCUAUCGACGAUGCCGUCGAGUCCUAUCUGUGCUCGCCGAGAUUGUCCCAGAAGAUCCGGCAUCCCCAGACCGGCAGGGUCAUAUCGUUCUCGGAAGUCGGUGACGCCGAAGGUUCAGCAGUGUUCUGUUGCGUGGGGAUGGGACUAACCAGAUAUAUUACGGCAUUCUACGAUGAGCUGGCGCUAACGCUUAAACUGCGACUCAUCACCCCCGACCGUCCUGGAGUAGGCGACAGCGAGUCCUACGCCGACGGGACAUCGACACCCCUCAGCUGGCCCGAUGAUGUCUACGCCAUCUGCCAGGCGCUCAAGAUCACCAAGUUCUCCAUCCUCGCGCAUUCGGCUGGCGCCAUUUACGCCCUCGCUACGGCACUCCGUAUGCCACAGCAUAUCCGGGGGCGCAUCCACCUGCUGGCUCCGUGGAUUCCGCCAUCGCAGAUGAACGUGUUUGGAACCUCGCAAGCUAUGCCCCCUACCAAUGCGAUCCCUACGUCCCAGCGGAUUCUCCGAGCCCUCCCCACUCCUUUCCUCAAGGCAGCGAAUAGCUCGUUCAUGACGGCCACUAGCAGCUCUAUCACGAGUUCGUUACCGAAGAACAACCCCCGCCGCAGCAAGCGGAAGUCGGCGCCGGCCGGGCGUGACGCGGCCAACAAGGGCCGCGACUCGGUACCGGGUAUGGACAAGGAGAAUAUCGCGCUCGGUGACAUGCACGGUAAAGCCUUUCCGCCUUCCGCCAGCGAAAACAUGGACCGCUAUCGACCCGGCGACAACGAGUUCAACCCGCAGACCUCGGUGAUUGCAGCUGCCGCCAACGCCAUGGCGGACAAGGAGAGGCAGACGACGUACGAUCUACGACUUACCCACGCGAUUUGGGAGCUCGCCACUACAGGAGCCAAUCCGGCCGUGGAUCUGCUCGUCUGCCUGGAGCGGCGACACACGAUCGGCUUCCGCUAUGUGGACAUAACGCGGCCCGUCAUCAUCCACCACGGCAGCCGAGACACCCGCGUCCCGGUCGAGAACGUCAAGUGGCUGGGGAAGACGAUGCGGCGAUGCGAGGUUCGCGUGCUCGAAGGCGAGGGGCACGGGCUGAUGGCCAGCGCCACGGUGAUGGGCGCGGUACUGAUGGAAAUCAGCCGAGAGUGGGAUGACUGGAUGUCGUUGACUAGUUCGAAGCAGCGAGCAGAGGAGCGCGGCAGGAGCACGCGAGCCAGCCUACGAUGAUGAGCAGGGCUUGAAGUACGAUGCUGCGGGGAGAGGACAGGGGAUAGCACGAUACCUCCAACGGCUGGCGUAUAGGAGUUUCUAGGUUACGAUUCUGUCACGGAUGUAAUGGGUGAUUCGUUUUAAAAAAAGGCGAAGGGGGCCGAAGGGGAAACGGGAUCCUACGUAGAGGUUUAAUAUUUUUUUGUGAUCCCCCCGGACCAUUCUCUAUAUAUGUAUGGGCAGUUGACAGAAUGGCUGCCAUUUCAUUUUCGUCGAGUUUCUGGUAGUGCCGAGGAGGAAGCUGGAGAGCAGUGGACAGCGUCUAGAUUUAUGUAUUGAGGGGGAGGAUAACCACGACGGCGAAGCGAAUCAGCAUUCUCAGUAUAGUACAGCAGCGCACCUAGUGGCAGGAUGUUGUAUUCGAUAGAGACGGAUCUACCGAGACGACCGCUCACUUAGAGCCCAUAUACAUAGCAUUUAAUGUCUAAGCAGCACCUCAUUCCUGUUCUGAUCCUCAGCGACCUCCGCUUGCC